AUUGUUGACCUCCGGCCGCUAGGAGUCCCUGUUCAUUGAACCCUGCCUAACGUUGUUCCGGUGGUUAUCUCUAUUAGUAAUUUAGCGGUGCUGGAGCCUGUAGUUUGUGCAACGGGAGCGGAAGUUACGACCACUCCGGAGAGGGGAGGCCUUCUGAAUCAUGGGGCGCGAGUCUAGGCAUUACCGAAAACGAUCAUCCUCACGUGGCCGAUCAGGCAGCAGGUCAAGAAGUCGAUCUCCUCCUGAUAAGAGAUCCAAGAGAGGAGAAGAUCGCCGCUCCAGGAGCCGUGAGAGGGACAGAGAACGUAGAAGAGAACGUUCACAUAGCCGAGAACGUAGAAGAUCCCGUUCCAGAGAUAGAAAGAGACCUGGUCGUAGGGCAAGCAGAGAGAGGGAAAGAAGCCGGGAAAGGAGAAGAUCACGUAGUCGAGAGCGAAGAAGGUCAAGGAGUAAGAGCCCCAGCAAGAACAAAAAGAGAGAAGUAAGAUCUAAAUCCGAAGAGAAAACUGACAAUACAGAGGCAUCUAAAGAAAAGAAAAAAGAAAAGGAAGAUAAAGAGGAGGAAAAAAAGGAAGAAAAAGAAAAGGAUGUUAAUAAUUUCGACCAAAACAAACUUGAGGAGGAAAUGCGUAAAAGAAAGGAGAGGGUAGAAAAAUGGAGAGAAGAGCAGCGUAAGAGAGUUGUUGAAAUUGGAGAGCUGAAAAAAGAAAUCGAAGAAAUGAGACAAGGAAAGAAAUGGAGCUUAGAAGAUGAUGAUGAUGACGAUGAGGAACCUGCAGAAGGGGAGAAGGAAGAAGAAAUAGUUGAGGAUGAGGAGCUGGAUCCAUUGGAUGCCUAUAUGGAAGAAGUGAAAGAAGAAGUUAAAAAAUUUAACAUGGGAAGUGUGAAAGGUGGAAGUGAAAAGAAAUCUGGUCAAAAUGUCACUAAAGUAGUUACUGUUAUGACAACAAAAAAGGAUACUGCAGAAGCCACAACGAAAGGAGAACUGAUGGUAAAUGAUCAAGAUGCUAUGGAGUAUUCAUCAGAAGAAGAGGAGGUAGAUCUUCAGACUGCUCUGACAGGUUUUCAGACUAAACAGCGUAAAUUGUUGGAUCCUGUUGACCAUGGGAAGAUUGAAUAUGAGUCCUACAGAAAAAACUUUUACGUUGAAGUACCGGAGUUGGCCAAAAUGACUCCAGAUGAGGUGAAUAUUUAUCGACUCGAAAUGGAGGGCAUCACAGUGAAAGGAAAGAAUUGCCCAAAGCCAAUCAAAACCUGGGUUCAGUGUGGUAUAUCUAUGAAAAUAUUGACUUCCCUCAAAAAGCACUCCUAUGAAAAGCCAACUCCAAUCCAGGCUCAAGCUAUUCCCGCCAUUAUGUCAGGUCGUGAUUUGAUUGGCAUUGCCAAAACUGGAAGUGGAAAGACUAUUGCCUUCCUCUUGCCUAUGUUCAGGCAUAUUAUGGACCAGAGACCCUUGGAGGAAGCAGAGGGACCUAUAGCUGUCAUCAUGACUCCUACAAGAGAGCUGGCUCUACAGAUAACAAAAGAAUGCAAAAAAUUCUCUAAGAACCUUGGACUGAACGUUGUCUGUGUCUAUGGAGGGACUGGUAUCAGUGAACAGAUUGCAGAACUUAAAAGAGGUGCUGAAAUAAUUGUGUGUACCCCAGGGCGCAUGAUAGACAUGUUGGCUGCUAACAAUGGUCGCGUAACUAAUUUAAGACGAUCAACCUAUGUUGUUCUUGAUGAGGCAGACAGAAUGUUUGACAUGGGCUUUGAACCCCAGGUCAUGAGAAUCAUAGACAAUGUCAGACCGGACAGACAGACUGUUAUGUUUUCUGCCACCUUCCCAAGAGCCAUGGAAGCCUUGGCACGUAGGAUUUUAAACAAACCCAUAGAGGUCCUGGUAGGAGGGAGAAGUGUGGUAUGCUCUGAUGUUGAGCAACAUGUGAUUGUAAUAGAGGAAGAAAAGAAGUUUUUCAAGUUACUGGAGCUCUUGGGACAUUACCAAGAAAAUGGAUCAGUCAUUAUUUUUGUUGAUAAGCAAGAACAUGCAGAUGGGUUAUUGAAGGACUUAAUGAAAGCAUCUUACCCUUGCUUAUCUCUCCAUGGAGGUAUCGAUCAAUAUGACCGUGACAGCAUUAUAAAUGACUUCAAAGUUGGUGUUUGCAAGCUAUUAGUGGCCACUUCUGUUGCAGCCAGAGGCCUUGAUGUCAAACACUUGAUCUUAGUGAUCAACUAUUCAUGUCCAAAUCAUUAUGAGGAUUAUGUGCACAGAGCUGGGCGGACAGGCAGAGCUGGGAACAAGGGCUAUGCCUUUACCUUCAUCACUGAGGCGCAAGCUCGUUAUGCAGGGGACAUCAUCAAAGCAUUGGAGUUGUCUGGCCAACAGAUUCCUCCCGAGUUAGAGAAACUAUGGAAUGAAUUUAAGGAUCAGCAGAAAGCUGAGGGCAAGAUAAUCAAAAACUCCAGUGGGUUCUCUGGUAAAGGAUUUAAGUUUGAUGAAACCGAGCAAGCUUUGGCCAAUGAGAGGAAGAAGUUACAAAAAGCAGCUCUUGGUUUGCAAGAUUCAGAUGAUGAAGACACAGCCCUUGAUAUUGAUGAACAGAUCGAAAGCAUGUUUAACUCUAAGAAGAGAGUGAAAGACAUGGCAGGACCAGGGGGAGCUGGAAUAGGAGGAAGUGGCAGUGGUGGAUCAGGUGCUUCUGCAGCCGGUUCCGCACCCUCUGGUGGAAAUGCUGAAAAACUGGAGAUGGCAAGACGCUUGGCCGAUAGAAUUAGUGUCAACAAAAAUUUGGGUGCAGAAGCACAGGAUGUAAUGCAGAUGGCUACAAAUGCUAUUCUUAGAGGAGGUACAAUAUUGGCUCCAACUGUUUCUGCAAAAACAAUAGCCGAACAGUUAGCAGAAAAAAUUAAUGCAAAACUCAACUAUGUCCCAGUGGAGAAACUGGAGGAAGAGAAGCAAGAUGCUGGGGCUAAUGAAUCAUUCAAGAGAUAUGAGGAGGAGCUGGAGAUUAACGAUUUCCCCCAGACUGCCAGGUGGAAGGUGACCUCAAAGGAAGCUCUCCAAAGAAUCAGUGAAUACUCAGAAGCAGCCAUUACCAUUAGGGGAACAUAUUUCCCUCCUGGCAAAGAUCCCAAAGAAGGAGAAAGAAAAAUUUACUUAGCUAUAGAGAGUGCAAAUGAGCUUGCUGUGCAGAAAGCUAAAGCAGAAAUUACCCGGCUUAUUAAAGAGGAGCUUAUAAGACUACAAAACUCUUACCAACCGACCAACAAAGGAAGAUACAAAGUUUUAUGAUUUACUGGAGAGUUGUGUUCAUGAUAUUGUCUAUGUUGUAAUUUUAUGCUAUUUUCACCUACUGUUGUAAAUUACUCUUUUUUUUUUUUAAUUUUAUCUGUUUUACAAGAAACCCCCAGUAUGAUCCAUGAUCCAAAGCUUUGAGAAGCAUAGGAUAAAAGUAAUGUUAGACUUGCCAUUUGAUGGCAGUAAAAUUAUGACCUUUGGUAGGAAAAUGUAUUUUCCAAUGUCUUUAAAUAAAAUGAUUUUAAUUUA